GAAAGUGGAAAUAUCUGUAUAUCUGAGCAGUGUCACAGUGACUGUGCUGGAUGUGAGGAUGGGACACACUUGGCUCUGUGUGCUGGGGUUAUUCUCACUGAAUACACUCUUCCACGGUGGACAAGCUGAAGACGCUGUACUGACCCUUAAGCCAAACUGGCCCACUUUAUUCACUGAGGAGUCUGUUACAUUCACAUGUGACAUCAGAGAAGUAACUGACGAUGGCUGGAGUUACACAUUCAGCAGGAAUGGUCAACAACUUGAUUCCUGCAGUACAAAUAAGUCCUGCUCAUUUAAGAUAAUGAAAAACUGCAGUGGCGAAUAUCAUUGCACCGGUCAUCACCUGAGCACAAAUGUUUCAAAGAAGAGUAAUAACGUCACUCUAAAUGUCUCAGAUAAACCCAGGCCUGUCCUCACCGUGUCUCCAUUAUGGCUGAGUCCUGGAGACUCUGUAACUCUGAAACUGAACUGCAGUGUUGAAGAUUCAUCUGCAGGAUGGAGGUUCAACUGGUUCAAGUCUGUUCCCAAACUAUUAAACAACAGCUUCUCCUACAAGUAUGAGCCGCGAUCUGGCUACAGUAAUUGGACUAAAGAGGACUUUUACAUUGUUCAUGAAUGGAAGCACACAGCAGGAUAUAAGUGUCGAGCUCGAAGAGGAGAUCCAGUGUAUUAUACUGCUUAUAGCAAAAACACCUUUGUCUGGUCUAAAAAUGUCCAUUCACUAUCAGUCAAAGUGAGUCCUGACGGAGGGCCCCAAUAUUUAUCUGACUCUGUCUCGCUGAGCUGUGAGGGAAACUCUACUCAGUGGAGAGUGAUGAGGUUUACUAAAGCAGGCCACCUGUCAAAUUGUUCUGAAUGGGGUUCAAUGAAUGGAUCCACAUGCAAGAUCCUCAAACCUACAAACAAAGCAGCAGUUUACUGGUGUGAGUCUGGAUCAGGUCAAUUCAGCAAUGCAGUCAACAUGACUGUACAGAGGCCCCCCCAGGAAAGCUCUUCAUUUCUUAUGCCACUGAUUGUUGGGCUGCUUUGUGGAAUUUUGCUGAUUAUUCUCCUGCUGCUGUUGUGUUACUGCAUAAAGUCAAAGGAUUCAUACUUUUCCAGGUGCACACAGUCUCAGAGAACCAAUCAGGGUUCUGUUCCAGAUCAAGUGGUUGAAACUCAACCUAAAGAGCACUCCUCUCAUCUCCAUGGUGCAGAUGAAUCCCACGACGUCACAUACUCUUUGAUUCAGCUUAAAAACAUAAAUAAGGGACAAUCGUCUCCUGCAGCAAAAGAAGAAACUGUUUACUCUGAAGUCCAGCUAAGAACAUCUUUUGGUAAUAAUGCUGCCAAAAAAAAAAGCCUCAGAAGCAGGGUAUCAGUGUUGGAUGCGAGGAUGGGACACACUUUGCUCUGUGUGCUGGGGAUAUUCUUGAUGAACACACACAAGUUUGGACACACUCAAGCACAAAAUGUUAAAGCCACCUUGAGAGCUGAUAAAACAAGACUACCUCUGGGAGGCAAAGUGAUGCUGACCUGCUCUGUGAUGGCCAACAACUCCUCUGGCUGGAAAUACCAGUGGUUCAUGCGAACUACAGAUAAAGAAUCAAAGGAACAUAGCCUUAGUGACACUAACAGAACUAUCAGUGUCACAAAAGAAGGUAUCUACUGGUGCAGAGGAGGGAGAGGGGACUUGAAGGUCACAGAGGACAGCAAUCCCAUCACCAUUCACAAAGCUGAGAAACCGAAGGCCACAAUAAGAGCUGAUAAAGUACCGAUUCCUGUAGGGGGCAGUGUGACCCUGUCCUGCACUGUGAAUUCAUCAUCUGGUUGGAAAUACUUGUGGUACAGAGGCAAGAAAAACCCUAAACCCUUGAAUACUGACUUAAGGGGAAAAAUCACUGUCUCACAGGGAGGAGACUACGGGUGCAGAGGAAAAAGAGAGUCAGUUUACUACACAGAUUACAGCUUCUUCACUCUCAACAAACUUGUCACAAACAAGGCUGUUGUGACCCUGCAACCAAACUGGCCGAAAAUAUAUAAAGAAGAGACAAUCACCCUCAAGUGUGAGAUCAAGGAUGGAGAAGGCACUGACUGGGAGUAUGAAUGGCAAACAAGCAGCUCAUUCAAACCUCCAAAACAGAGUGAAAGCCGGCUUAUUGCUGAUGCAUCACAUAAUGGAGACUACAAGUGUAAGGGCAGAAAUAAAAGUGAAACAACGUCCAUGACGGAGUGGAGUGGUGGCUUCAAAUUGACAGUAUUUGACAAAAAACCUCAGCCAGUCCUCUCAGUGUCUCCAUUAUGGCUGAGUCCUGGAGACUCAGUAAAUCUGAGCUGUGAAGUUAAAGAACCUCCAUCUGCAGGAUGGAGGUUCUACUGGUAUAAGGCUGUUCCAGAUCUGUCAGACAACUCCUACAGCUAUGAGCUGCUACCUGGCAGCAGCAAUGGGGCUGCACUUAAUUCCUACAUCGUUCAUGGACAAACACACACAGCAGGAUAUGUGUGCAGAGCUGGAAGAGGACACCAAGUGUCUUACACUCAGUACAGUGAACCUAAGUUUGUCUUGUCAGGAGAGAAACCGAAGGCCACAAUAAGAGCUGAUAAAGUAGCGAUUCCUGUAGGGGGCAGUGUGACCCUGUCCUGCACUGUGAAUUCAUCAUCUGGUUGGAAAUACUUCUGGUACAGAGGCAAGAAAAACCCUAAACCCUUGAAUACUGACUUAAGGGGAAAAAUCACUGUCUCACAGGGAGGAGACUACGGGUGCAGAGGAAAAAGAGAGUCAGUUUACUACACAGAUUACAGCUUCUUCACUCUCAACAAACUUGUCACAAACAAGGCUGUUGUGACCCUGCAACCAAACUGGCCGAAAAUAUAUAAAGAAGAGACAAUCACCCUCAAGUGUGAGAUCAAGGAUGGAGAAGGCACUGACUGGGAGUAUGAAUGGCAAACAAGCAGCUCAUUCAAACCUCCAAAACAGAGUGAAAGCCGGCUUAUUGCUUAUGCAUCACAUAAUGGAGACUACAAGUGUAAGGGCAGAAAUAAAAGUGAAACAACGUCCAUGACGGAGUGGAGUGGUGGCGUCAAAUUGACAGUAUUUGACAAAAAACCUCAGCCAGUCCUCUCAGUGUCUCCAUUAUGGCUGAGUCCUGGAGACUCAGUAAAUCUGAGCUGUGAAGUUAAAGAACAUCCAUCUGCAGGAUGGAGGUUCUACUGGUAUAAGGCUGUUCCAGAUCUGUCAGACAACUCCUACAGCUAUGAGCUGCUACCUGGCAGCAGCAAUGGGGCUGCACUUAAUUCCUACAUUGUUCAUGGACAAACACACACAGCAGGAUAUGUGUGCAGAGCUGGAAGAGGACACCAAGUGUCUUACACUCAGUACAGUGAACCUAAGUUUGUCUUGUCAGGAGAUUUUCAUCCAUCAGCGUCUCUCACAGUGAGUCCUGACAGUGUGCAACACUUCACUUCUGACUCUGUCUCACUGAGCUGUAAGGGAAACUCUGCUGAGUGGAGAGUGAGGACGCUGAAGGACUCCCUGUUAGACGAUUUUAACUGUGGGGAAAUGACUGCAGCCACAUGCAGCGUUCACAAAUUACAGGAGGGUACUAGAGUGUACUGGUGUGAGUCUGGAUCAGGAGAGUUCAGCAAUACCGUCAACAUCACUGCACAGAAAACAGAUAUCAUCCUGGUGAGCCCUGUCCGUCCUGUGACUGAGGGAGAUUCUGUUAGUCUGAGCUGCGUCUCGAGAAAACAAACGUUUGAUUCCAAUGUGUUUUUCUAUCUAAAUGAGAAACUCAUUCAAAAUGAUACCAGAAAGGAGCUGAAUAUCUCUGCAGUGUCAAAGUCAGAUGAGGGUUUCUACAAGUGUCAGUAUUCCGGAAAAGAGUCACCAGAGAGUUGGGUGGCAGUAAAAUCGUCAGAGUCUGAGUCUUCAUCACUUGUCCCAGUUAUUACUGGACUGUUUGUUAGCAUUGUAGUGAUCAUUCUCCUGCUUCUGCUGUGUUACUUCAAAAUGCCCAAAGAUCGAAGCUGUGACGGGCUGAUCCAGUCUCUGAGCGCCAAUCACUGCUCUGCUACAGACCGAACAGUCAACCAGGAUGCAACCCAACAGCCUGUAUACUCUGGUCUUCUCCAUGGUGAUGUUUCUAUCUAUGAAUCUGUCAAAAGCUCUGACAACAGAGGAAACGAUGGGGCAGAUAAUGUUUACAGUGAUGUUACAUUUCAGCUAGAAGGUCUCGAAAGAAACAGUAAACAUGAUGAUUCAAUGGAGAGCUCUGACUAUUAUAAUCUGUACCCAGAAUCGGCAACAGAUAUUUCUUGUGAUUUUGUUCCAGGUCCAUGAAAAGAAGUGCAUCAUCCACAAAACAACGGAAGGCCUGGAUGACAAAACAAAAAGUUGAAAACAAUAUUCAUGUUUAAGCAGUCUUGGCAGCAUCAGGAGCUGGAUUUCAUAUUUGCAAUCCAAAUAUCAGUUAAUACACAGUAUUUGGCUCAAUUUGCUCUUUAAAUCAAAGCAGAUAAUAAAAGAUGUGUAUGUAAUUUUGUCUUGAUCUCAACACAAAUUGCAGGGAUGUUUUGUAUUUAUGGAUUUGUUUUGUUGUAAUUAUAUCAGUUAACAGUUAGUUAAGGUUAGGCCUGUAUGUGAAAUAAGGAUUGGCCAUGAGUACAGACAGAUAAAUAAUUCUAACUGUCUAUUCAGCUACUAGCUUACUGGUAACUUUACUGAAAAUGAAUGACAUAUAAUUUCUUUUUUGGGCCUGUUGUGAUGAAAUGGAGGAAAUAUCAUCAGAGCCUCACAUAUAAAUAAAUUACAAUGAUCUGACGUAAGUACAGAAAAUCGAUCACAAGCAUUGCUUAUAGCUGAAUUACUUUGUACAUACAGCUAAGAUCUAUCUGCUGGGCCUUGUGUUGCUAUAUCAUCUUGCAGGCAAGAAAAAACUGUUUUUUUCACAGUGUCUCCAUUACCCUGAAUGUAGUCUAAGUCAUCCUCUUCCUCAUUUUUUAAGCAGACACCCCCGCAGAUAUAGUUGCAUUGAAAACCACAAUAAUGACCGCUGUUUUUAUUGCUGUUUUCUAUUGAUAUGUAACAAAAAGAAUAACUGCAUAAUAUUUUGUUUGCACAGCUUUUAUGCAGUUGUUUUAAAGGAAUUUGCUGUGCGUAGAAAGAUAAGGUCAGGUGUCGGGUGCGAUGACGACACUGUCUAAAAAUGUACCAAUUUUGUAGGCAAAAAAAGGAAGUGGAGUGUAAAUAUGUCAAACUGAGCAUGCCAGGGUCUAGUAGCAGAAAUAAAUAGUAUUUAAUAAAUGUAACAUUUUGUACUCAGGUGAUUGCUGCGUAUGUUUUAUUAUGUUCAUGACAAAUUAAGAAACAAAAAAGAUCUUAUGUUUGGACAGACAACUUGCUCACUUCUGUUAAGGAGAUUGCUUAAAAUGCAGUUUGUCACUUCCUCUUCAGCUAAAGCUAGAAUACCGGAAGAACUUCUAUAGACGAUGAAUCGAUCUUCAAAAACUUUUUAUUUAUUUUUAUUUUCAGGGACAAUGCACUUUACUUUCAACAUUACUGUAAAUAUGCAAUAAAGGGUGAAUUUCAAUUUGGAUGGGGUCCUCCUAUUUCUAUAGCUCAUUUCUUAAUUUUAAUUCUACUUACCUAUCCAUCUUUGCUGUGCUGUACCUAUGUUUUUUGAUUGUUCAUUUUUGGCUGGCAUUAAAAGUUAUUUUUCAUAAUACGAAA